UUCGACUAUAGAAUUCAUUGGAUUGUUGUUGUUUCUGAGAGAGUGGAUAAUAAUAUUGUUGGAGAUGUCUAUAGAAAUCGAGUCUGCGGACGUUGUCCGUCUAAUUCAGCAGUACCUGAAAGAAUCCAACCUACUGAGAACUCUACAGACGUUGCAGGAUGAGACUGGUGUUUCCCUUAACACUGUGGACAGUGUUGAAGGUUUUGUGGCUGACAUCAAUAAUGGCCAUUGGGAUACAGUGCUUAAAGCAAUUCAGUCACUUAAACUUCCAGACAAGAAGCUUAUUGAUCUCUAUGAGCAGGUUGUGUUAGAACUGAUUGAACUACGUGAACUGGGUGCAGCUCGAUCACUUCUUAGACAGACAGAUCCAAUGAUUAUGAUGAAGCAGCAGGAACCGGAGAGAUAUAUUCAUCUAGAAAAUUUGUUAGCAAGGUCAUAUUUUGAUCCGAGGGAGGCGUAUCCUGAUGGCAGCAGCAAGGAGAAGCGUCGUGCGGCAAUAGCACAAGCCCUGUCAGGCGAGGUGUCUGUCGUGCCUUCGUCACGUCUGCUCGCUUUGCUUGGUCAGUCACUGAAAUGGCAGCAGCAUCAAGGCUUAUUGCCACCAGGAACAACAAUUGAUCUGUUCCGUGGUAAGGCCGCUAUACGUGACCAGGAAGAAGAGAAAUAUCCUACACAACUAUCAAAGCAGAUAAAAUUUGGACAGAAGUCACACGUAGAGUGUGCUCGAUUUUCACCUGAUGGUCAGUACCUCGUAACAGGAUCCGUGGAUGGUUUCAUUGAGGUCUGGAAUUUCACCACAGGAAAAAUAAGAAAAGAUCUUAAAUACCAAGCACAGGAUAAUUUCAUGAUGAUGGAAGAAGCAGUUCUGUGUAUGUCAUUCAGCCGUGAUUCAGAAAUGUUAGUAUCAGGAUCCCAACAGGGCAAAAUCAAGGUAUGGCGUGUGCAGACUGGGCAAUGUCUUCGGCGAUUCGAGAAAGCUCAUUCAAAGGGGGUUACAUGUCUCCAGUUUUCCAGAGAUAACAGUCAAGUCCUGAGUGCAUCUUUUGAUACAACUAUCAGGAUUCAUGGUUUGAAAUCUGGUAAGACACUCAAGGAAUUCCGGGGCCACAGCUCCUUUGUGAAUGAAGUAGCCUUUACACUAGAUGGACAUAAUGUUUUGAGUGCAUCAUCUGAUGGUACAGUGAAGGUAUGGAGCACAAAAUCAACUGAGUGCACAGCAACCUUUAAAUCACUGGGAGCAGCUGACAUAACAGUUAACAGCAUACACCUUUUACCCAAAAACCCUGAACAUUUUGUUGUAUGUAAUCGAUCAAAUACUGUUGUCAUCAUGAACAUGCAAGGACAGAUUGUACGUUCAUUCUCCAGCGGUAAGCGUGAAGGUGGUGAUUUUGUGUGUGCUACUCUCUCGCCACGUGGUGAAUGGAUAUAUUGUGUUGGUGAAGAUCUUGUGCUUUAUUGUUUCUCAACAGCCUCUGGUAAACUGGAAAGAACUCUAAAUGUACAUGAGAAAGAUGUCAUUGGAAUUGCCCAUCAUCCCCAUCAAAACCUACUGUGCACAUACAGUGAAGAUGGACUUCUGAGGCUGUGGAAGCCUUAAGGCCUCAUAUAUCAGUUUAGAAGAUGCCUCUAAAAAUGAUACGGAAACAUGCAGUGUAAUAAAUAGACCUGGAAGUGUCGUGGACACUUUGAUAAAAGUGAGAAGUUAGUUAUACAGCACAUUGUUUGUGGCAUCUAAAAUGAGGUGUCUUGGUGUCUUAAUAACUUUUUUUUUCUGCAUGUCUGUUGAGGAAAGUUUGCUUCUUUGGAUCAUUCCAGCAGUGCCUGAUCACAGCAACUAAGACUCAGUUAUCAUACAUACUGUGAUUUCCUUGAAGGUCGUCACAAUUGCCGAAUGUUUCAAGUUAUAAUUUAAUUAUUUCAGAAUUAUUUUAUUAAUGAAUAUGAAUUUGUGUUUGUUUGAAAUAAACUGAUGUUGGUGAGACACUCAUCAGUCCUGAAGUGGUUGUCUAUGUCAAUAUAUGUUAAUAUUUUGUUUCUGUGAUUUAUUCGAUCUGUGGACAAAUUGCGUAUGUAUCAGGAUUUUUGUACAUGUGGUUUUCCUUUCUUCUCAAAUUGCUUAGUAGUAAUUAUCCAUAAAAAUUAUUGAUACACAAAUGUUUUCUGCAGUUUGCAUUGAAAUUGCCUCGGUUUUGUAACAUUUUUGGUUCCUUGAAAAGAUGUUCUUUAUUUUUCGUAAUCGCAAGAGGUUACUGUGGAACAUGAGGCAUAUUUGUUCAGAAAAUUUGAAAUAAUGUUUAGCAACAAUAAAUUCCACUCUUACAUUCUGUUUUCAUUUUGAUUUAUGUUUGUAUGAUGAACAUGUUAUACUAGGGCAAUACAACAAGUGCCUCUUGUGAAUGUGUUUGUGAUUAUGAUUGUGACACCAGUGUCUAUCUGAACAUCAAAUUGACAUACUGUUGGCUUACAUAAUUGACAGAUUUUAAUGUUUCUGGAGAUCUGCUACUGUUACUGGAUUCUUUGUUUGACGUCUUGUACUUUGACGAUGGUGACCAGUGGUGGAGUAAAAACAAACAUUAUCAUUUGUCGAUGUGGGUAUUUUUAAGAAAAUGCCAGUAAUUUGAAGAUGAUGUGUGAUAUGUAUAUAAUAAAAAUGUUUUAAGAUA